CAACUUCUCUCUCUCUCUCUCUCUUAACUGUUAAGAACAUUUAUAAAGACAAAUGGAGAGUAUGUUUCGUUUAAUGGAUAAAGAACAAAAAGUAACAACAACUAACCGGUGCAUUUGGGUCAACGGACCGGUUAUCGUCGGAGCAGGACCGUCCGGUUUAGCAACAGCCGCUUGUCUCCGAGAACAAAGCGUUCCUUUCGUAGUUCUCGAGAGAGCAGACUGUAUAGCUUCUUUAUGGCAAAACAGAACAUACGACCGUCUCAAGCUUCACCUCCCGAAGAAGUUCUGCCAAUUACCGAAAAUGCCCUUCCCGGAGAGCUUCCCGGAGUACCCGACGAAGCGUCAGUUCAUCGACUACCUCGAGUCCUACGCCUCACGGUUCGAGAUAAACCCCAAGUUCAACGAGUGCGUGCAGACCGCCCGGUUCGAUGAGACCAGCGGGUUGUGGCGAGUCAAGACCGUGUGCAACGCUGAGUCAACUCGGUCGGAGGUUGAGUAUAUUUGCCGGUGGCUUGUGGUGGCUACGGGAGAGAAUGCGGAGAGAGUGGUCCCGGAGAUUGAUGGGCUUAAUGAGUUUACCGGCGAGGUUAUCCACGCAUGUGAUUACAAGUCCGGCGAGAAGUUCGCCGGAAAGAAAGUACUAGUCGUCGGUUGUGGAAACUCCGGUAUGGAAGUGUCUCUUGACCUCGCUAAUCACUUCGCUAAGCCUUCCAUGGUCGUUAGAAGCUCGGUUCAUGUGAUGCCGAGAGAGGUAAUGGGGAAGUCAACGUUCGAGAUUGCCAUGAAGAUGUUAGCAUGGCUUCCUUUAUGGCUAGUUGACAAAAUAUUGUUGGUUUUGUGUUGGUUGGUGCUUGGGAACAUCGAGAAGUACGGUUUGAAACGACCCGAGAUGGGUCCGAUGGAGUUAAAGAGCGUGAAAGGGAAGACGCCGGUGCUUGACAUCGGAGCUUUGGAGAAGAUCCGGUCAGGAAAGAUCGAUGUGGUUCCAGGGAUCAAAAGGUUUGAUGGGAACAGAGUUGAACUCGUUAAUGGUGAACAACUCGAGGUUGAUUCGGUUGUACUCGCUACUGGUUACCGUAGCAACGUUCCUUAUUGGCUACAGGAGAGUGAGUUCUUUGCAAAGAAUGGUUUCCCGAAAGCAGCGAACAGCGGUUGGAAAGGAAGGACAGGAUUGUAUGCGGUCGGGUUUACUAAGAGAGGGCUCUCAGGUGUGUCUAUGGACGCGGUUAAGAUCGCACAAGACAUAGGCUCUGUUUGGAAACUCGAAACAAAACAACCCACGAAACUCACGAGGGCUGGUCAUAGAAGAUGUAUCUCCCAACAACUCUAAGUGUAGGCGAAAGAUUAGAGUUUUAGGACAGAGAUAGAUCACAUCUUAGAGAAGCAAAGAAGAAGAGCCCUCUCCUGAAGAAGACCCAUCACACGGUGUUGUGUGUGUUUGUUUUUUGUUACCGCCUCCACUUGUUGUUUUGGGAGUUUUGUGUAAACAGAGGAUGAUGUGGCCUUUUGUUUUCUAUUCUUUUAGGGUUCUUUGAUUAUAAUUUUU